AUGUGUGACAAAAUCGGCAUCAGCGAAAUUCAUGAUGAAAAAUAUGAGCCCGAGCUAAGUCGCAAUUUCACCAAGCAACAACUCGACAAAUCGACAUCAGCGAAAUUCAUCAUGGAAGAUAUGAGCCCGAAGCUAAGCCACAAUUUCACCAAGCUCCUAGUGAGAAGCCGGCUCGAAAUGGAGCACGAAUUUUCUGCGGGGAAACGUAAAAAGUCAGUUUUAUGGGCAAAAGUGGUCAACAAAAUGAGUAUGGUUAAUGCGGAUGUUCCAAAAUCGAAGGACCUAAUGCAAAGAAAGUUUUUGAAUUUAUUUGCGACAUACAAACGUAUAAAGAGGCGAAAUGAGCAGACUGGGAGAGAGGCAACAAGCUGGGAGUUUUUGAAGAGUUCGACGAUGUGUACGGUAGGCGGCAUUCCAUUCAACCGCCAGCCAAAACCUUCAAGGCUCCUUAAUGGAUAG